AUGUUCACUGAUGAGGAGAUGAGCCUCCUGAACAUCACUGACUGUGAAUUUGUCAUGCUUGAGGACCUUGAUCCUGUGCUGGGGCCCCGUCACCUGUCCGCCCUGGUGUUCUAUGGCUUGGUCUUCCUGCUGGGGGUCCCGGGCAACGCUCUGGUGGUGUGGGUGAUUGGCUUCCGCAUGCCGCGCUCCGUCACCUCUCUGUGGUUCCUCAACCUGGCCCUAGCUGAUCUACUGUGCUGCCUGUCCCUGCCCCUCCACAUGGUGCCCUUGGCCAUGGACCAGCACUGGCCCUUUGGCCCUGUGGCCUGCAAGCUGCUCAAGGGCCUCAUCUACAUGGUCAUGUACUGUAGCGUGCUGCUGCUGGUACUCAUCAGCCUGGACCGCUGGCUGCUGGUCAGCCGUCCCGUGUGGUGCCAGAACUGGAGGAGGCCUCACAAGGCCACCUGGGUAUGUGUCGGGUUGUGGCUCCUGGCCCUGCUGGGCAGCAUCCCCCAGUUUGUCAACGUGAAGGAGGUCCAGUUAAGCACCAGUAAGUCAGAGUGCCUGGGAUCUUACACUAUAGUUAGCAGCUGGGCUAUAAUCACACUACGCUUCCUGGUGGGUUUCGUGCUGCCAUUCGUCACCAUCGUGGUGUGUCAUUGGGUUGUGUAUAGCAGGGCCAGGCAGGGGUCUGAGGUGGGGUCUGGGAGGGUGAGUGAGGUGCGCACCAGACGCACCUUGAGGGUCAUUGUUGCUGUGUCGCUGAGCUUCUUCCUGUGCUGGGUUCCACUGCACAUGCUGGACUUCCUGGUUCUAUUGACCCCCCGGCACUCAUCACACAGCGCCAACGUACAGCUGGCCCACACCCUGGCCCUCUGUCUGGCCUACUGUAACAGCUGCCUCAACCCUCUGCUCUAUGUGUGUCUGGGACGAGGCUUUAAGCAGAGUAUCAAUCGCUCCCUGCGCAGUAUGUUCAAUUUUGCCACUGAGGAGCCGGUACCCAGACAGAGCAUGUCCAAGAACACAUCAGAAAGAACCCAGGAGAAUAUUAUGUAA